AUGGACGGGAGCAGCAAAAAGGUGGUUGAGCUCAAGGCGCACGGCGACGUCGCGGAGGAGGACCCCGCCCGUCGCGGCGGUCCGGGCACGGAUGAUGCCGAUGACAACGAGAAGGCGCCUCGCCGGAGCAGGCGGGUUGCUUCCCUCGACGUCUUCCGCGGCCUCACCGUCGCGCUGAUGAUACUGGUGGACGGCGCCGGCGGCGAGUGGCCGGUCAUCGGGCACGCGCCGUGGAACGGCUGCAACCUCGCGGACUUCGCCAUGCCCUUCUUCCUCUUCAUCGUCGGCAUGGCCAUUCCCCUCUCCCUCAAGAGGAUCCCGGACCGUGGCCGAGCCGUGAGAAGAGUAGUCAUAAGAACACUGAAGCUGCUGUUCUGGGGCAUCCUGUUGCAAGGAGGUUACUCCCAUGCUCCGGACGAACUGACUUAUGGAGCCGACAUGAAGCACGUAAGAUGGGGUGGAAUCCUCCAGAGGAUCGCUCUUGCGUAUUUAGUGGUUGCAGUUCUAGAGAUUGUCACAAAAGAUGCAAAGAUUCAGGAUCAGUCAAGUUCAGGCUUCUCUAUAUUCAGAAUGUAUUUCUCCCAAUGGAUUGUUGCAUGCUGCAUCCUAGUGAUCUACCUGGCCCUUGUGUAUGGGAUUUAUGUUCCUGACUGGGAGUUCAGAGUGCGAAAUGUUGAUAGCCCAAACUAUGGGAAAGUUUUGACGGUGACGUGUGGUACAAGGGGGGUAUUAGACCCUCCUUGCAACGCUGUAGGCUACAUUGACCGCAAAAUCCUUGGCAUCAAUCACAUGUACCAGAAACCAGCAUGGAGAAGGCACAGGGCCUGCACUGAUGAUUCCCCACAUGAGGGUCCUUUCAGAAACGAUGCCCCGGCAUGGUGUGUUGCACCAUUCGAACCUGAAGGGAUACUAAGCUCACUUUCUGCGGUGCUGAGUACAAUCAUCGGUGUUCACUACGGGCAUGUGCUUGUCCAUAUGAAGAGUCAUACAGACAGGCUGAGGCAGUGGGUUACCAUGGGCAUAGCUCUUCUUGUUCUCGGAAUCAUUCUACACUUUUCACAUGCAAUCCCACUUAACAAGCAGCUCUACACAUUCAGUUACAUCUGCGUCACCGCCGGCGCUGCUGGAGUCGUGUUCUCCGUGCUCUACUUCUUGGUUGACAUCCUGAGCCUGCGCUACGUCUUCGCGCCGCUGCAGUGGAUCGGCAUGAACGCGAUGCUGGUGUAUGUGAUGGCCGCGGAAGGCAUCUUCGAGGGGUUCCUCAUCGGGUGGUACUACGAGGGCACCAACAACACUCUGGUUUACUGGGUGAGGAAGCACGUGUUCGUGAAGGUGUGGCACUCCACCAGGGUGGGCAUCCUCCUCUACGUUCUCUUCGCCCAGAUCCUCUUCUGGGCGCUCGUCUCCGGCGUCCUCCACCGCGCUCGCCUCUACUGGAAGCUCUAG